AUAAGCUAUGGCAAUUGCAUGUUACAAGUAUUCACCAUGCACUUCUUUGGUAGUAUUGAGAUCUUCAUUCUCACAGCCAUGGCCUUCGAUCGCUAUGUUGCCAUCUGCAAACCUCUCCACUACAUGAUUAUCAUGAACAGGACGAGAUGUAAUCUUCUGGUCUUCGUUGCUUGGGCUGGUGGGGCCGUGCAUUCUUUUCCUCAGUUGUUUAUGGCAAUGCUGUUGCCCUUUUGUGGUCCUAAUGAACUUGAUCAUUAUUUUUGUGACAUCUUUCCUUUGCUCAAAGUUGCUUGUACUGAUACCUACAUGACUGGUGUUCUUGUGGUUGUCAAUUCGGGUCUGGUUGUUUUAGUUACCUUUGUUGUCUUUUUUGUUUCUUAUGUGAUUAUAUUAUUCACUUUGAGAAACCACUCAGCUGAGGGAAGACGCAAAGCCCUGUCUACCUGUGGCUCUCACAUCACUGUGGUUGUCUUAUUUUUUGCUCCUGCAAUUUUUAUUUACCUUAGACCUCCAACCACUUUUCCUGAAGAUAAAAUAUUUGCUCUAUUUUACACCAUCAUUGCCCCUAUGUUCAAUCCCUUGAUCUACACUCUGAGAAAUGCAGAGAUGAAAAAUGCCAUGAGGAAAGUUUGGUGUCAAGAUUCUUUUCGAUGGAAGCACACAACUAAUUGA